AUGGCGAUUUCAGUAACCGCCGCAGCUUCUAUCGCCGUCAAAACGCCGUCGUCUUCUCCAUCGAAGAGUUGUAAUUUUGCUCACUUUUCUUCUCUCCGGCUACCCACAGAGCUUCGAGUUUCCAGCCUUCGGAGCCAUUACCUCGGUACUAAUCCCCGCCGUCAGGCACUCACGCUGGUUGCAGCAAAGCAGCAGACAUAUUCUUCCUUUGAUGAAUUGUUGCAAAAGUCUGAUAAACCUGUGUUGGUCGAUUUCUAUGCUACUUGGUGUGGUCCUUGCCAAUUCAUGGGUCCGAUUCUGGAUAAGAGGCAUUACCAACUUUCAUUUUGUUUAAGGAUGGGGAACCAUGUGAUCGCUUUGAGGGCGCAUUGGGUGCUGAUCAGCUCAUCCAACGCAUUGAGGCUUCACUGCAAGUUAAGAAGUAGUCGAAUUUGGGGGACACGGGCCACCUUUUCUAGGGACAAUGUUAUGCCCUCUCAUUUAGUAAAGAUUGCCGAUUCUUCUAUUUGA